GGUGCCUCCCUUCCACAACCUCUCGCAGAUUCCCCCUCCUCUUCUGCUCUCCACACACUGAGCUAGCUGCACUUCCAUGGCCGCUUCCUCAUCGUCUCUCCUUCCCAGCUCCCCUUCUUCCCUCCUCUCACGGUCUUUGCGGGUAUCUGUGCUAGCUAGCUAGCUAGCUAGCUAGAGUUGUGGGUUUUAUGUAAGAGUAGAGGUGUAAUCUUUAACUGUUAGUGAAGAUCUGGGGAUCGAGUAAUUAACGUAAGUAAGUGGGGGAGGGAGAACUACUGACUGAUCCAAGGGGAAUGGCCUGCAAGAACUCGAUGCGGCGGACGACGAGCCUGACGGAGUUCGCGCCGCCGUCCGUGCUGGCGGUGGUCCUGGAGGAUGAGGACGACGAGGUCAUCAAGCCGGUGGAUGGCGAUGUUGAAGAAGGGCGCCAGGAUUGGCUGGCCGCGUACGGCGGCGGCGGUGGCGGCCAUGGCACGGCGGGUACUGCAGCUCCCGGGCGUGACUGGCUAGCGACGUACCGCACGCGCGCGGCGCCGGCGCGGGCGGGGCUCCGGCGGAACUCGGCCGACUACUCCGCCGUCGAGACCGCCGCGUUCCUCCGCCACUGCGGCCUCUGCCGCCGCCUCCUCGGCCCCGGCCGCGACACCUUCAUGUACAAGGGCGAGGCAGCGUUCUGCAGCCUGGAGUGCCGGCAGCAGCACAUAACGCACGAGGAGUGGCGGGACAAGUGCACGGUGAAACCGCCUAUUAACCAGGCGGCAGCGGCGCCCACGCCCGGCCGCGGCCGCUCCGGUAGUAAGACCGGCACCGGCGGCACGGUGGCUGCAGCAUGACGCCACGACGGAGAGCGGCAUGCAAGCUACCUGUCCUCGUCUUCCUACCUACCUAGCUAGAGGCUGGAGCUACCUAUGUUAAUUUGCUCCAUCAGCAAGCAGAGCUCUCUCACUACCCAGCGCUACGCCCGCUUUGGUCGCUAUGCUGCGCAGCAUGUACUACUCAUACGUACGGCUCGAUCUAGCUAUGUCGUGGCCAUUGAUCGAUCGAUCGAUCACCACUCGCUUCACAACUAAUAGCUUUAUCUGUACUUGGAGCUCGAAUCAGUUUCUGUGAUUAUUCGUUCCUAGUACUCGAUCGGUUAUACUCGAUCCUUCUGAUUAGCAUAGUACUCCUAUUGAUUAAUCUAUUGCAUCUCGCCUCACCGUCUUCA